AUUGGUCGGUUUUCCGAAGGAGGGGGGAUUUUUCUUCAGCCAAAGUUCAUUUCACCUGCAUAUCCAAUAAAUUGAGGCUGUCUCCCCACCUCGUUGCCGCGCAAAAAAACAUCGGCGGUAGUUUCAACCCAUCCCCAUCAUUGGCAGCGCAAGAAUGGACGAGUUAACACAGAAGCGCCCACAACCCGACGGGCUCCAAUCUCCUGCUCUGGACUCGAUGUCUCCUUCUAAGCGAUCCCCCAGCGAUACGUCCAAGCAUUUCACCACCGUUGCCGGCCGGCGCGAAAUUUCACUUCCCACGAGAACCGCCUGGAAAGCGGCCAACUCCAUCUCCAUCUCCGUAUCCGAUGACGAUGACGAUGAUUACACCUCCUCAUCUGGCUCUUCAUUAUCCUCCUCCUCCGAUGACGAUGAAAGCGACAAUGGGGGAGAAGACAGCCAGCGCGCGAAAAGCAUUGGGGAUGGAGAUUCAGAGCAGAUGGCUGCACUCCCUGCGCGGCGAAAACCGAACAUUCGAAAAAUGGCCAAACAGCCUACCCUCCUCUCUAAACUGUCCGCUUUCCUGCCCCAGAUGAAAAGCGCAAAUGAACAUUUACAGCAAGAGAUAGCAGCCGGGCGCGAGAAGGAUAUAAGGCUGGAUAAUGAGGAUGAGGAACACCACGAGGGUCAAUACAUUGAAAUGAACCUAGGGCUAGGCGUGUUGGAAGAGAAACGUUCCGACGACGAGCACCCCCCGAGCGACCAAGAGCUGGAAGAUGCCAAUUCGUCUCAAGAAACGAACCUUUUGGAUCGACUGAUGGGGAAGACGACCGAUUCCUCAGACAAAGACAAGCCCUCCAUUCAGGAGAUGACCGGUUGAUCUUCAUUUGCAUAUAAAUCUUGGAUCUCAACUUGCAUAUAAAUGGCGUUACUUCAGGCAUAUUAGGUUGUCAGGCUUCUUAGGUCUAUGAUAAAAGUUGUUGUUUUUUUUUUUUUUUUUUUUUUUUUUUU